AUGACUACAGAGGAGUCUCAGCUUGCGCUUCGAGUGUACAAAUGGGCAAAGCGCAAAAAGAUGCACCCGACUACGAUGAUGACGCUACUCGAGUACGGUCUUGGCAUCCCGGUGGAACGGCCCCUCAUUCCAGAUGUAAGAUUUGACUGCAACAUGCGUGAUGUUGACGCGCACAUGUCGUUCCGCUUUGAUGUUCGUGGGGUUCUGCAACUGUCAUCCUUGCUGGGUGUUCCUAAUGUCGUUAUCACUCCCAACCGAGAUGGUGUGGUGGGUGUGGAGGCCAUAGCCAUUUUGCUCCGACGUCUCCGGUACCCCAUCACGUACUACGACAUGCUGUCAAUGUUUGGCCGGUCUCGCGAACAACUCUGCCGUAUUUUCAACUACAUGGUGGCCUUUAUGUAUCAGCAGUGGGGACGUCAUUUACUGCAACAAAAGAAUUGUACGCUCCCGUAUUGCCAGCUAUGCUACUGCCGUUUCGAACAAGGGUUCACCAUUGUCAAAUGUAUGGGCGUUCCCAGAUGGGACAAAGAUCGAAUCGUGUCGUAUCAGUGCCAGUACCAGUGGUGCAGAGGGUUUGAACCUCCAAAAGCGAAUUUAUUCGGGCCACAAUCGCAUGCACUGCCUCAAUUUUUAAGGUUUGACCACCCCGGACGGUCUGUGCAUCCACUUUUUUGGGCCAUUGGAGGGUACUGUAGCCGACAUGACGUGACCUUGCUGCGUGUGAGCAAAUUGCAAGAGUACUUUGACGCCAACACCGAGAUGCAACACAAAAUCAUGCUGUCAAACGUUGAAAGUGUCGUCCUUGUCGCCAUGUUUAUGACCAAUUGCAACUGUUGCUACUACGGUGGGAAUCAAAUAUCGUCCUACUUUGAUAUACAACCACCAACUCUAAAAGAGUAUCUAACAUCGGAGUAA